AUGAGUGAAGAUGUUUACAGAAGUUAAGGGAGGUAAAGGCUCCCGUCAUUUUACGAAGAUAGCUAAACAGUUAAUUCUCCAUCAUCAAUAAAGAAGGUUUUGAGCUUGGGAAAGCACAGUUAAAAAAGUAUUUAAGUAAAAAAUAUUUCUUCAGAAAUGAUGAAAAUAAUCAGAAGGUAUCUGCAUGUAGCCUCAUCAGAAUGGGAAACAUAAAUAGGUUAAAAUAAUACUUUGAUUUUGAAGAGAAGACAUAACCAAAAAUAUUCUUCUUCACUAUCCGACUAAAAAUAAUAGCUCAAUUAAAACAGCUAGUAGCAUGUGAAAUCUCUUUCAAACCAAUAAAAAUUGUUAGGAAAUUAAAAAACAGAGUCUCCAUCCAAUAACUACGAGCAACUUAGAGAUCCUAGAUUUUGGAUACAAAGAAGCCUUUCUGAAUAAAUUGGAAAUGUAAAAGGUUUGAACUCUGAGUUAGUAGAUUAUAAAUUUAAAGUAACUCAUAAAAAUUAAAAAGAUGAGGAUAUCAGAUUGGCUUCCGAAAGGAACAAUUAGCCAGUAGGACUAGAGUUAAGAAAGAUUGUUCCAAGCAGACAGAAUAGCGAAUUACCCUUUUGCCCCUCACCAUCUCAAACAAUAUAUAAAUAAAAUAGCAAUAAGCUUUUAGAUAUAAAAGUUUUAAAGGAUCAAUGGAAUAUUUCACGACCCAAUUAUUCUUUAGAAAACUCUAAAGAUGAAGAAUUAGUUGAUCUUCACAAAUAACACAUUGUUUAAGAUUUCUUUACUUAAUUUAAAAACGUACACUAAAAUUCAUACUAAAAAAACCUCAAAACAGCUGAAAGCCUUCUAAGCCCAAAGAGAAAGAUUCUCCCAAAAGUACUCAACUCUUCAAAAAGAUAAAAUAUUAAUGCUAACUAUGGUGCUUAAGAGAAGUUAUACAGUGAAGAAGACACACACAAUUUUAUAUUUCCAUAGAAUAGCAAUGGAGGAAAUUCUAUUGAGUAAUUGAGGCAAAAUAUUUAAUCUCCUAGCUAAAAUUCAAAAAUCUUGAAAUUAUUAAGCAUUCAAAAAUUGAACCAUUAAAGCUCACAUAAAUAAAGUAGAUUGUCUUUAUUAUCUUAAACUCCUUAGUAGAUGUACUAUAAUUUGAGCUCUGCUUCUUAAGAUUAAAAAUAAAAUAGAUACACAACAAAAGCAAUAAGCGCCUAUUAAGCCAUUUAGAAACUUUACAAUAACUAAGAUAAAAUGAAUAGAUUUAUGCUAGAGACAAUUUAAUUGACUCCUAUUUCUAAAUGUAUUACAAAAGGUGCAACUGGGAAUUCAAAAGUAUUAAGAAUCAUUUCAGAAGGUAAUAUUGCUAACAAUUCUAGUGUCUAAGAAUAAAUUUUAGGAUACAAAUUACACUAACCUUUUGAAGAGUAAGAUAAUGAAAGCGAAGUAUACUUGAAUGAUCUUUACAAGCAAGAGGAUAACGGAAACAAUAUUGGAGGUGAUAAGAUGAAUAUAGAAAAUGAUUAUCAAUAACAAAAAGAAGGAGAUAAUUGCAAGUAAAAUAAAAAUGAGUCAAGGUAAAAAGAUUACAAAAUCAGGAAAUUCCAAAUUAAAAAAACUGACCCUAGCAUUAACGCACUUGGUAAGUCUCAUCCCAUAUACUACGAAUAAAAGUAUAUUGUUAGAUUGUAAAAGGAAAAACAAUUCACUGUAAGAAUUAGUGCUUAUAGAGAUUUUAUUCAAGCCAUUAACUUUUCAAAUAAGCUCUAUGUUUCGAUACCAGAAGAGAAAUAAAAUCAUCCCAUUUAUAAAGCUUAUGUAGGAAAAGGUAACAACUAGAUGCUCAUUCGCAUGGUGAUUAAAUAGAGAUGGUGGUGGAUAGUUACUGAUUAGAAAGAAGAUGCAAAUAUAAAUUUAGUAUGGACUUAGCUCAGAAAGAAUGAAAUUUUGCAAACAAUAAAAAGUUUGAAAUAAGAAUUAACUUAAGCUAGAAUAUAAAGACAGACAUCUUCUACUUCAAUUCUAGCUGCUCAACAAUCUCCUUCUAAUAACCUAAAUUAGUAGCCCUAGAUUUUUUCACCUUCGAAUAGCUAAACAUCAUUCACUCAAUAAUUCUAAACUUUAGCUUAAUAAACAAGCACGUAAUCUCUCUUUGGUUCUUAAAGCGAAAGUACAACAGAUGAAAGCACAAUAAUUUCUGCUUCAAAUCUCAAUUUGCAAUCAAAUUCAAAACAAGUUGUAAAGUUGGGUAGAUAAGCAUAAUUCCUAAAAAAACUUACAAAUUAAUCAGAUUUUUAAGCUCUUAAUAACCUUUUUUCGAAUAGAAAUGGCAAAAAAUUUGAUUAAACAGCUUUCUCAAACAUUUAAGUCAUGAGCAGCCUAAUAAGAGAGUAAGAAUGCAAAUAAAUUAAAGAGCCAGUCUAACUUAAAAUCCAUAAUCAUCUUUAAGAUAACUUUCACUUAAGUAAUAAAAAGGCUCUUUUUUACAACAUGCGUAGCUAUUAUGAAUCCAAUCAAUAAAACCCAUUUGAUUAUAUUCCUCUUACUUUUCAUAUCUAAGAAGGUAAAAAAGAUAAGGAAUACUCAAAAUUUGUAGCUCAUUUCAAUUAUCUAAAAGAGCUUGCUAGUAACAAUUCUAACAAUCAAAAUAGCACAGCAAAGAAAGAAUAAAAUAUUUGGAUUGUUAAACCUGGAGAAAUAACAAACAGAGGAUCAGGCAUUAAAGUAUUAUCUGAUCUUGAUUAAAUAGAAUAAAUAGUUGAGUCUAAUGAGUUCCAUAAAACAGGAAUGAGAAAAACAUUUAUUAUUUAAAAAUAUAUUGAAUAUCCUUUACUCUACUUUAAAAGAAAAUUUGAUAUACGUUGUUACUAUCUCUUGACUACAACUAAUGGGUAUCUGAAAGGUUACUGGUAUUAAGAUGGAUAUAUAAGAACUGCAUCAAAAGAAUUUACAACUAAAAAUCUAGGUAAAAUGAUACAUUUAACGAAUGAUGCAGUCCAAAAGAAAGAUGACUAAUAUGGAAAAUAUGAAAAAGGAAAUAAAGUUAGCUAUGACGAGUUAGAUAAAUACAUAACUUCUUUACAACCAGAAAAAGACUUUUAUAAUUCAAUAUUGCCUCAAAUGAAAGAAAUAGCUAGGGAUACAAUGAAAGCAGUAUAUGGUAAGAUAGAUCCUGAUAAAAAAGAAACAACUUUUGAAGUAUUUGGACUUGAUUUUAUGAUUGAUGAAAACUUAAAAGUUUGGUUGAUUGAAGUAAAUACAAAUCCAGCUUUAGAUAUUUGUUGUCCUCUCUUAUCAAAAAUUAUUCCUUAGAUGAUUGAAAAUACAUUUAGGAUUGCUAUUGAUCCGCUAUUCCCUCCACCUGCAUUUAGCAAUCACAAGAAUUUUAAUUUUGACAACAUAUUAGAGAACAAUAAAUACGAGCUUGUAUUUGAUGAAGUUGAAGAUUCAAAAUUAAUAAAGAUGACAGGAAAAGAUACAAAUUUAAAUUGGUAAAUGAUUGAAGAAGAAUUAGAUGAAGAUGAAGAAGACAUAAUUCCCGAAUGA